CAGGGCAGCAUGGCGGCAACCUUGAACGCGUCUCUCGUCGCUCCCAGGUGUUUUUAUUUAGGUCUGUCGAAACACGCUCUACUGCUGUCUCCCCUGUACCUUCCCAUUAAUCUGCCAUUUAUCUGCUCGAGAGGUUCAGCUUGAUCCUCGUUGUCAUUAGAAGUGCAAAAUAUUCUGCUGUCGUUGUUUCGCGCGUCCGAGCAGUGACUUUUGCAGACGACAGCUUGACAGGCUCGUCUGUAAACAAAUGCAAACGGGCAAUUUAUUCUUCGCCAGGACAAGAUUUUUUAAAGCAAUUUUCUCCGUAGCUGCUGUCACCAUGGAAACCUAGCCCUGCCACAUCCUGGUAUUUUUGUAUCGACGCCAUAGGAGAACUGACGUUCCGUGGCAGCCCUGACGGUGUAACAUCGGACCGUAUCCUACAAUGUACCCAGGACACUCAGCACGUCAAUACCACAUGGAAUUCAGUAGAAGAAAUUUCCCUGCUCUUCAUUAAAUGUCGCAAGAUGAGGUGCCCGGAGGCAAUGGAUGGUGACACCAGCAAUUUUAAGGGAGCAGAGGGAUCCUGACAUGGUGGUAGCUCGGAUGGGGCAAGAGGUAGAGGAGUUGUGAUGGGGCCACACCACAGAGGCCAUCUGAUGAUGGGGACCAAUCCAAAUGCCCUCAUCCUUGACAGUGAGAAUCCCCCCGUGUCAGGCUUCCAUGUCAGGGCAGCCACGUUGGAUGCAGCCAUCAACUUCCUCAUCAAGUGCUUCCUUCCUAUCGGUGGUCUGGAAGAUGAGGAAAACCGAUUUCCAUACAUUUUCCUCCUCAUGCACGAGUGGUUUGUAACAACCCAGAAACUGGCUCUGUGCCUCAUCGACCAAUAUGUGACCAGCAAUACUCAGCACCGAUGCCUGCUACCCUGUGUACAUACGCUGCAGCAUUCCACUCACUGUCCUGUGUAUAAGCACAAGGCACAAGUGUGCCAAGUAUUCAGGUACUGGAUCUGCAAGUUUCCACAGCACUUUGAUGGAGAUGAAGUGUCUGUGCUCCUGGGAGCCUUUCAAAAAAGGUUACGACAGGAAGGCCAUGCGGUGCUUGCAGACCUUGUAGACCUUUCCAGGAUUCCUCAAAGAGACUGGGCCCGGUGUGUGUCUGUACGACACCCACUGGCAAAGCACACUCGCAAGGUGUCCCUCGUCUUUGAUCAUCUGGAGCCUCGCGAACUGGCUGACCACCUCACCUAUCUCGAACACAGGGUCAUGCGGCGUAUUACAUUCCUGGAUUUCAAGCAGUACGCAGAGCAGGGCACACUAGCAAACAAUCCCCGCCUGGAGCGUUCCAUAUCGCAGUUCAAUGGUCUCUCACAGUGGACCCAGUGCAUGGUGCUGUCCCGAUCGCUACCGCAACAACGGGCUGAUGUUGUUACCAAGUUUGUUGAUGUAGCCAAGAACCUUCUGGAGCUACAGAACUACAGCUCCUUGAUGGCUGUAGUUGGGGGCCUCAAUCACAGUGCUCUAGCACGCUUGUCCCAAACAACUUCCUGCCUCACUGGGGAGACCCGGCGCACCCUAGCCCAGUUUGCGGCCUUGCUUUCAUCGACAGUCAACUUCAGCAACUACCGCAAAGCCCUUGCCGAAGCACGAGGUUUCCGAAUUCCCAUUCUAGGUGUCCACAUGAAGGACCUGAUCUGUGUCCAUGUAGCAUUACCAGAUACAGUGGAUGAUAUGGUGAACUUACGGAAAAUGGCCCAGCUCUCACACAUUUUCCAGGAGCUUUGGGAACUGCAGAACUCACCACCCCCUCUUGAUGUCAGCAUGGACCUCAUCAACACACUCAAGUUGUCCCUGGACACAGCCUACACUGAGGAUGAAAUCUUUGAACUUUCUCUUACGAGGGAACCAAAGGCACCAAUGGUGUCACCGUCACGUCCGCUAGCUGCAGAUUUCGCUUCAAAGGUACCUGAGGGAACUGACCUGGCCAUGGUUGAAAAGCAGAUAUGUGAUAUGGUUGAGGAAGUGUUCCAUGAGUAUGAUACAGAUCGGGAUGGCUAUCUGAGCCAGGGCGAUGUCGAAGCUGUGGUGGGGCGAUUCUCUGCCCUUCGUGGCUUAGUUCCACCAGAGGACUCAAGCAGACCCUUACUCAGUCGACAAGACAUUCGCCGCUUCCUUCUGCGGUCCAACUGGGCUCUCUUUCGGCACGAUUUCCACGAGACGACCUAUUUUCGACCCACUUUCUGCAUACAUUGCACGGGGCUGCUCUGGGGGUUGAUAAAGCAAGGAUUUAAGUGCAGAAAAUGUGGCAUCAAUGCUCACAAGCACUGUCGAGAGCAAGUGCUAGCUGAAUGUCGUGCCCUUCAACAGCAGCAAGGACCUAUUCGAAGUUCUUCAUUUUCAUCUACAGCUGUCACAUCAACCACAUCUUCGCCAGACUGGAAUGCAGGGCGCAUGGGACGCUAUCAGCAGCCGCCCACACGCAGGUUUAAACAGAGUCGAUCGGAGAGCGAGUCGGCACCAUUGGUACGCAGAGCCACUGACACCAAGUGGAGGUCAGAAGAUGGAGAUUCUGCUCCGGCCAACUCCUACAGCCAUUCUGUGAGCAAUGUAUGAUCAGGUUCCAUAGUGGACCUAGAACUGAUGCCGCUAGUGGUAUGGAUGCCACCAUGCUGUGUCCUCUUGCAUUGAAUUGUCAAGGGACCUGCACUGUGUACUCUCCGUUCACAUCACAUACUACAUCACACCUUCAUUGUGGAUAGGGAACUGUGCACGAAGACACACUAUGUAUAUUCGCCGCUUUUAUAUCUGUUGGCAUUGUUGCUAGAGAGCAGCUAUGUUAUUGAAAAGCUGUUGGACAGGGGUGUUAGAAAAUAUGGGAUCACACUGGGCCUGGCAGCAGCAGCAUCUAGGAGAGAAGCAUACUGGGAUAUGGGCAUUGAAUCCGAUGUUCUGACCAGCAUGUAUUUAUGCACCACAGGCAGCAGAUGUGGUAUGGGAGAAAUGAUAACUGCUGUAGAUUACCAAUUGUUUGCAGUGCUGAAGGUAUUGCUGACUAAUAUAGCAAGAGCUCUAAAGUUAACAUAAAGUUAUAUCACAUGGCAUCCUCACCUGUGAUGCUGCUAGCAUAAUGACAUAUUGGCAUAUGGAUAAAGCUUUUUGUAAUAGUGCUACUGUAGCACCAAAUUUACUGUUGUAGCAAAACUUUAUUGACCAAACAGCUGGGUAACUGUACAUGCUGUCGAAAUAAACUAGUACAGUUAGUUGAAACACAGCCUGUGGUGCUUUAUACAUCAAAAUAGAAAGCAGUUACCACAGUAUUGGUUCAAGCCAGGUUUAGUGCACCAUUCCCAGUAUGAUGCACUGUUUUACAACAUCGGCAAUGCAAUUCAAACCAGUUAGUCACAUAAAAUGUGUGCACAUCGUCUUGAAAUAUCAAGAACGAUUGUGUAUACCUAAAUAUUCUAGUACAGGUCCAUCCUUUGAAAUGAAAAUUCCUUGGGGCUGUCAGCCAAAAAAGAAAAACAAGUCACUUUAAAAGUACAGUCGACCCUAGUUUUAUCUGGCACUGGCCGUGUCCAGUGAAAAUUUCCUGAUAGCGAGGGAUCCAGAUAAAUGAAACACAACAGCAGAGGAGCCAGCAGCUACCAAUAUCAAGCUUGUGUUUGUCAGAAACGGUCCAUUGUCAUUUGUGUAAAGUGUUAUUGUGGGCAUACAGCUUCUUUUAACGCUUACUGAUGACAUUAUUCUGCUCAUCAUUAUUCAUUUCAUGAAAGCUUUCAAUUCAGUUUCAUCAAAAAAGAGCUGUUCUUGCGCCCUCAAGUGUCAUAACAACGAUUUGCUCACUGUCAUCAUCAGAUUCAUGCUGUUGGUUGGAGCCAAGACAUAUUCAUUCUUAACCACAGUUGGGUCAUCCUGCUGAUUAAUGUGAACAUAGUCCAGGAUAAUGGAUUUGUCCACAGCUGUGGAAUUCAGUUAAUGUAGUGGACCAUCCUGUCUGUGCCACCACCAGAGAACCAAAUUGCAUGGACUGAAAUCCGUCCUUGUGUUUCUUUACCAGAUGGCGUGAGGUCUGGAUAAAACUGGGGUGGACUGUACAUGUUAAAAGGGAAAAGGCAUAGAUCGGGAGCUGUUGAUACAGGAAUUUUUUACUGCGCCGUUUCUUGCUUCAACCAUAUUGUUGCGGGAGCACUGAAUUUCCCCCUUGUCUACAUUAGUGUCUCUCUCUCUCUCUCUCUUUUUUUUUCGUGCCCGGCAUUUUGCCACAUCAGGUUUUACAUGUGAGGAAUAAGAAUACCUGUACCGUUAAGGUUUAGUGUUCGCUGUGCCACAAUAUAGUAGUUGCAUUCAGUGAUGUUGCAACGCACGCCCUGUUUAAGAGCUGCUCCAGGGGGCACAGCGUUGUCGUUUAUUCCUUGCACUGUUUGACAAACUUGCUGGAAAUGUGAUCAUCAAUUGACUCUUCACGGGUCUCACCAAAAGCCUCAGACGUCGCUUUCACUCAGUUGUCCAUUCAUCGAUAUAGGUACAUCGAAGUGCUGCAUCGCGGCAGAACAUUUAUUUAUUUUUGCUAAACACGACAGACUACAUAGCAAUUGGUUGUACGCGGAACAGCAGGUACUUUAGCUUUAGCGGAUCAUUAGGUGAGACUACAAACCUGCAUCACAGUGCCAGUGCUGGGCUGACGAAUUGUCCGUAUAGCAGUGCACAGACUAUCUCCCCUAUCACCCUGUCUCUUGUCUUCCAUCAGCAUCACCAAAGAUAACAACAGUAUAAGGCAUUAGGGAAGAACUUCAUGAUGGUACUCACAACUGAACGUACUAGACUACACAUGUGACAAGAACGAUCUGUCCAGCUUUCUGUUUCAUGCAGAAUGUGCAGAACGUGCAGAACAUUGCACGUUGCUAAGGAGCUUGUACUCAAAAAUUUAUCUCAUAACUGUUAACAGUCUUGCUAACAUCUGUGUACAUAAAGCCUGACUUCUUCUAACGUAAUGCUUUCUUUUGGAUUCUUCGGGUGAAAAUCUGGUGCUAUACUUUCAUCUCUAACUCUGGGUGAAAUUAGGUGCUGCUUAUUCACAUUUGCAUGUUACCUGGUUAAAGUAAAGGAGGAGCUUUUUAAUCAGCAUUGCACUGGAUCGCUUUGCAUUAAGCACUUAAGAUUAAGACCUUUGUGCACUCUAGAUUAGAUUUUGUGCUCUAGAUUAAGACUUUUGUGCACAAAUUGAAUUUUGGAACUCAAUUUUCUACAGGGACAGGAGCACUUUCUAGUAAUGUAUCAUGUGCACAUAAGUUUCAGAAAGUGCCAAUGGACGCAGCAUUUUUGUGCCUUUUUGGUUCAAAAGGGUCGUACGGGUGAAAGGUCAUGUGGAGGAAAGAUUGGGUUUAUCCGAAACUCUGGGAGUUUUACAGAAAAAAGUCAGAUCUUAUGUAUGCAUUGCUUAGCACUGACAUACAUUAUUUGACAGUGUGUUGUCAUUGUGUCCACAUAUUAUUUUAAUGUUGUUGCUUGGAAAGGACAAUCUUCAAUUCGAAAGGGACUGACAUGAUUGAUAUAUUCAGGUUUUUGUAAAAAGCUACGGCAAGGCAUGAUGCAAUCACUAAUCAUAGCUACAGAGACUUGUAAAAAACAAGUGUUUUACUUUGCCAUAAAAAAGCUGGCCACAACUCAGUCUAGCUAGAAAUUAUUUUACAUGCACUAUCUAGAGCCAGCCAUCUUCUGGCUGAGCUAUCUUGAACUGGGGACCCGUGGGUCCCACAAUUUGGGACCCACAUGCCCUGUACUCUACAGAGCGUCUAGUAAACACUAUGUGUUACACUAUGAUGUAAUUUCUUUAAAUCGCAGAGUUAUUGAUGAUACUAUGGCAUUUGGGUUUUGCUUGUAGCCAUCCCAAGUGCUGCAACAGAAAGGCUCUGAGUGCUGCUAGCUUGCUCUCCAGAAAAAUGUUUUAAAUUUCUCUUACUACAUGGACAGGGAUAAUGAAGUAUUGGGCAAGGUGCUCAUGUAUUUAUUUAUUUCUUUUUUUGUGAAUGCUUCAACUCCUAAAAUGAAUUGUUGGAUGAUAAUAUUGUGGAUUAAUCAGUAAUAAUGCUUGCCGUUUGGGGACCAAGCAGGGUGAGGGAGAAUUGAGCAGAAAAAUGUGACACCUGGAAUGUGCUUUUGUAACAUUUUGUCCAUACAAGUACGUAUUUCUAGUCACUGAUAAUCAAGUGUAAGAUGUCCAGAACUUACGAGUGCUGAUCUAAUAAGCAAAGGGUCGCAAAAUCACGUCCUUUCGUCAGUGUCUAUUCAACUGCAAAUCAUUUUAAAAUUUUUCACCAUUGGCAUAAAAGUAAGAAUAGGUAGCCAAUAUGGUGGAAGUCACAUAACGUGAAAUUAUCCAGUCAGGAGGCAGCGCACAUUUUACAGAGAUGAAACAACAGUGAAUAAAAUAGUAUCCAUUCAUUACAGGCACACGGCAUGCAUUUUUCUAGAAUGGUUGUUUAUUAUUAAUGUAGAGUGCUUCAACAACAACAACAACAACAACAAAAAAGAAAUCUGUUUGCAAUGUUGGUGAACAGCCAUUGUAACCAUGGCCAGUUGUCUCACUCGUUGCUAAAUGGAAACCUGCGAUGAUGACUAAAGUGAAAAUGCCAGUCCCCAUCAAUAGUUCCAUGAAAACAUACCAGUGUGCUUGGAAACAGCGCUGUUCUUUCAAGCUAUGUAAAAACUAAUUUUUUCAGAUGUGGAGAAGUGUGAUUGCCUUGUUGUGACAGAGUUGUCUAUGAUAGCCAUUCACUGGUAACAAUGGGAAAUGGAGAUUCGACCAUAUAUUAUCAGAGUUAUUGUUAUAGAGAAUUAUAUUGGACACUUGAAGCAUCUUUUGAUGCUGUUGGGUAUGGCAAUGCUUUCACUUAGUGCCGGUAUUCUUCGCCCUCUUAAACGCCCCUAUAAGUUGGCUCUACAUCCUGUAUACGCAAAUUCUGAGUAACACUUCCCUCCCCCCCCCCCCCCCCCCCCAAAAAAAAUUGCCAUAUUUUCUCAGCUAAGUGGACUCUUUAAUGUUCCCCCAACAAAAUUAUAUAGAAUAAUUUUUUAAGCUAGCAGCCACUGAAUCUUCGACACAUAUUUUACUAAUCCUAUCUCCUGGGCACAGGACACGGUCUAUUAUUGUGUAUCGUGACAUGAGCAGUGAACUGCGAUAUGUCACGUUAUAACACCUACUUGACCUUGUUUGUGAUACAAGACGGAUAAAAACGAAAAGAGACUACAGUUCUUAGCCACAUUGACUCUGAAAUCACAAGUGUCAAAUUUCUAUAUCUACCUACAUCGUAACUAGUACCUGGUGUAUCUUGUCCCCUGUCAGCGAGAUGCUCACAGCAUUGUUGUGCGAGUGUUACGUUGUACAUAGUCCGCGCACAAUGCUGUUCCAUGUACAUAGACAUAAACGUUAUAGAACUAUAACUAUGACUACGUGCAACUGUGUUGUUGUCUUUCAUACUAUUGUCCUGCAGCAUUUUGAAGGGUGAUACUUUCGUUGAUUUCUUUUUUGUCCUUUCGAGAGUUUGACCUCCGUGUUGUGGUGGCGUGGACUCUUUAUACUGUGAAUUGCACAUGUUAGUGGGUUGACACAUCAGCUAAUCAGUUUACAUGAAUGGUCCACAGGUAGUCUAAGCAGAAUUACUUUUGUGCUUUAGACUGUGGGAUAAUCUCUCACAACAGCAAUAGUUACUGCGUAUGAUUUACAUUACGUCGUCACCUUAAAGGGGCACUAAAAUGCAAAACGCAAGUUAGCUUCAAAUUACGUUACACGCUACGUUAAUUUCAUACUUAUCAUAAUUCAAAACGUUGAUUCCUUUACGAAGCGACAAUCAAGAUUACACCGGACUCUUUCUUGCUUCGGCAAUAAGCAAUGAAUGAUGCUUCAGCUCGUGCAUCAGUGUUUCGUCAAUUGCGUCAAUGUUCCGCCAAUCUUUGCCUCCUGGGGAUCCCAUUCGUUGUUGCCAGAGACAGCUCUGUUUUCAUUGUGUUUGUCUUCUAAACGGUAGCGUUGUGUGAAGUAAUUUUGUUUGAAUUGUACCAAUUGAAACGCGGACUUUCAUUUGAGAGCAAGUUGUUUUUGCAUUUUAGUGCCCCUUUAUGAAAACUGCAGUAGUAUUGCAGGGUUUACUAUGGGCGGUAAGUCUUUGCGGCAACACGUUCAGCGUUUUUAUUAUUUCUUUUUAGUGAGCACCAAAAACGUUCCCUGCUAGUCAUUUUCGUCUGGAAACAAACGUAUUGCAACCAUAGGGAGUUACGUGAUGCAUGCUCUAGUUGUCAGUGGUAUACAGAGAUUGUCUCCUGAUUGAUAGGCAUUGGCUGCAUUUGAAAUGUCAGGUGUCGUCUGCUACCUCAGGUGUGGCGCUGUCGUUAAAUACGCAUUCAGCGUUCCUGUUUUACUUUAUGUUUUUACUUUCCGUGAGCAUUAUGUGUCGACCAUGACUGUACUCCUCCUCAUUGGUGAAUUACUAGUUGUAGCAUUGUCUUCCAUUGUGUUGAUGCUUUGUCAUACCAGAUGGAGCUAGCUCCGAUAUUCGUAACAUGGGCAGGGGAGCUUUCUGCAAAAAUAUUGCAAAUGGGAGUUUGAAAGUUGGAAAAACUUACCUCAGGGCUUCAUGCACAUGUAACCCCACCACACUACGAAAUUGGAAGUGUGUAAAUAAAGAGCUUUGCUUGUACCCUUCAAAAUCAAAGCACAUAUCUAGUCCCCUGGCAAAUUUGUGUUGUAACGCAGGUUCAAGAGGUCUACUAGUUUGAGCAGUGUUUUCAUUAGGGAAGAUUGUGUGUGCUGCAAUGUGACAAAGAAUGUCUCAAGUGAUCACCUAUUCAAGUCGGCUGCAUGUGUGGAAACUGCAUUGACACACAGCUGUCUAUGGUACCUGAAUGGCAUACCUGUAUUUUACAUAAUCUGUGGUCCAACUGUUUUGAAGACUACAUGGGUUAGCAAGUCUGGCUAAUGGCUGCUGCAUGUUUGUAUAUGUCUACACCGUUGCAGAGCAGUUAAAACAGCAGGUUACCGAUGUUUACAUCGUAAAUGUUUACAAGAUUAGUGGACGAGAGACAUAGUUUUAGCAGUCUCGUAGAAAGUGCUGUUUGUUUUGACCACAUAACACUUGACCCGGGUGAAUGCUGUCCACUUCUUGCAGUUUUGUGUGCUGUACUGGUAGCUGAUACCACAGUAUGGUAACCCAUGGUUGCUUGUUACUUAUAAAGCAUACUUUUCAAAUCUAGUGGUUCUUGUCCAUACGCAGUUGUUGCCAUCCCCUUACUUUUUUCUAGUAACGAUAGUAAUUUGUAGUGCGGCAAGCAGCACUGCUUUUCAGACUGUUACAAUUCCUUCGUCAUUUUCUAUACAGUAUCAUUUGAUGGUCGGUACAGAUCUAAUAACUACGGGGAUGUCCCAUCGGAAAUGUUGUGAUUCGUAUUAGUCGCGUGGUGCAUAACUUCCAACUACAUUGUUUUGUGUGAACGUGUGUUAUGAAAGUUUUGAGAGUUUAUGUGGUACAUGGGAUAUCAGCCAGAACCAUAAAUAAACUCUGCUUGAUGACUC